UAUAUGGGAAAAAGUAUAAGACUAUUAAAAGACAAAUUAGUGGUAAAUGAACACUCUCCAACCCAAACUAAAGGAGAAGAUUAUAUAUGUAGAGACAAUGGAAAAACACCCAAUUGGACCUUCACUGUUUCCUGUGAAAAUGGGUCCUUUACGUCUCAUAAAACGAUCCACACAGGGGAGAAGCCAUAUAAGUGCAUAGUGUGUGAAAAGGUCUUUACUCAGCAGUCUAAUCUGAAUUCCCAUAAAAGGAUCCACACAGGAGACAAACCAUAUAAAUGCAUGGAGUGUGGAAAGAGCUUUACUCAAAACGGUCAUCUUACUUCCCAUAAAAGGACCCAUACAGGAGAGAAACCAUAUAAAUGCACUGAGUGUGCAAAGAGCUUCUCUGAAAAUAAAUCCCUUAUGAGACAUAAAAGAAUCCACACAGGGGAGAAACUAUAUAUAUGCAUGGAGUGUGGAAAGACUUUUACUCGAAACAGUAAUCUUACUUCCCAUAAAAGGAUCCACACAGGGGAGAAGCGAUAUAAGUGCAUGGAGUGUGGAAAGAACUUCUAUGAAUAUAGAUCCCUUAUGAGACAUAAAAGGAUCCACACAGGGGAGAAACCAUAUAGGUGUACAGAGUGUGGAAAGAACUUUACUCAGAAGGGUCAUCUGAAUUCCCAUAAAAGGAUCCACACGGGGGAGAAACCAUAUAAAUGCAUGAAGUGUGGAAAGAACUUUACUAAAAGCAGUUAUCUUACUUACCAUACAUGGAUCCACACAGGGGAGAAGCCAUAUAAGUGCAUGGAGUGUGGAAAGAGCUUUCGUACUAGGAGUGAAUUUACUUCUCAUAACAGGAUUCACACGGGAGAAACCAUAUAGGUGCACGGAGUGUGGAAAGAGCUUUACUCAGAAGGAUCAUCUGAAUUCACAUAACAGGAUCCACACAGGAGAGAAACCAUAUAAAUAUAUGGAGUGUUGAAAGAAUUUUACUAAUAGCAGUCAACUUACCUCCCAUAAAUGGAUCCACACAGGGGAGGAGCCAUAUAAAUGCAUGAAGGAUGGAAAGAACUUUACUACUAGCAGUGAUCUUACUUCUCAUAACGGGAUCCACUCAGGGGUGAAACCAUAUGAAUGCAUGGAGUGUGGAAAGACUUUUACCCAAAUGAGUAAAUUAACUUCCCAUAAAAGAAUCCAC